CAGAACACAACCAAUAUUCGGUGACAGAGCAUUGAUUCUGUUUUAGUACGAACCUUUUUUGUGAUUCUUGAGAAUAAAUAUAAAUUUCCAACAUAAGCACAAUCAAAAUUCAAUCAUGAAUAGAUGCAAGUCGAUGAAGAAUAAUAUAGAGAACUUGAAUAUAGAGAAACUUUGUCGAAUAUGUCUAAAUGACAAAGUUCAUUUGAGAGAUAUUUACAAAACUAGAAUCCCAAAAAUGAUAGAGAGUUGCACUUCUGUUAAAGUCUCUAAACAUGAUGGAUUACCUUGUAACAUAUGUGUUAUCUGCUACCACAUGGUCAUAAAAUUCUAUACCUUUAAGAAAAAAAUCGAAAAUAGUGACAAAAUUCUUCGACAAAAUAUCAAAAAUAGAAGAAAAUCAUUUGACAUAUUAAACAUUGCUAUUACUAAAGCAGACAUCGACGAAAAUCGUGGCUCAGAAAACGAAGAACUUAGUGAAGAAGACACCCCUCUUAGUAAAAGGAUUCUUAAACAAAAAAAAGAAAUGAAUUCAAACACUGUCCAAUGCAAUGAACGUAUUGAAAUAAUUGGUGAAGGUCCCCCACCUCUUGUACCUUUAGACUUUGGGAAGAAAAUGGACAUAAUUGAACCAGUUCAAUUGAAUCUUCCCGAAGAUACACCUCCAUUAAUACCAAUAAAACCUUUGGUAAAUAUAAUGGCUUUAGAGAGUAUUGUUGAUAAGCCUGUAGACUUGGAAUACCAUUGUAACAGUUGUGAUGAAGUGUUUGUUGAUGUUAAAACAUUAAGAGAACACAAGUUAAAGUUAUGCCAGGUUAAUCUGCUGCAGUGUAACAUUUGCAAGAAAGAAUUUAAAGAACGAAAAAAACUUAUCGCACAUUUGAAGGGACACAUGAUUAUUAAAGACUAUCGUUGUAAAAUUUGUGGCAAGCUCUACCCAAAUCCCAGUACAUUUAGGGUCCAUGUGAGAACUCAUACUGGUGAACGUCCUUUCAGAUGUCCAACGUGCCACAAAGGUUUUGUGAGAUGGGCGGGAGUAGUAGGUCAUAUGAAAACUCAUGAGGAUAUUAAACCAUUUUCAUGUGAGACGUGCGGGCGGGCAUUCAAAAUCGCAUCAAAUUUGGAAAGGCAUAAAAGGAUACACUCUGGUGUUCUGCCUUUUUGUUGUACUAUUUGCCACAAGUACUUUUCACAGUCAGAGAAUUUGCAGUUGCACAUCAGAACAUACCAUACGAAGGAAAGACCUUAUUUGUGUAAUGAGUGUGGAAAAGGAUUUGUAAAUUCUACUAGGCUCAACAGACAUAUGUGGAUACAUUCUGGUUAUAAACCAUAUGUGUGUCAGUAUUGUGCUAAAACUUACUCUAAUAGUAAUGAUUUGAAGAAUCAUGAACGUCUUCAUCUAGGAAAAAGCAUAGACGAUUGUAAACCCUAUUCUUGUGACAUUUGCCACAGGAAAUUCUUUCACUCCUGUAGAUUGGAAAGACACAAAAAAAUCCACAUGAGGAAAUUACCCUGUCGGUUCUGUAAAAAAACUUAUUCCUCAGAAACUUUACUCAAUGAGCAUCUGAUAGUUAAACAUGGAGUUAGCAUUGUUGGAGUUACUGUCACUGAGAGUGACAUGGAGGAAAAGAUAUACUUCGAGUAUGAGCAGUUGGUGGUAGAGUCGAAACAACAAAAUUUGGAAGAAACUGAAUCAAGGAGUUGAAAUUUUCAAUUUUUAUAUGUUCCACUGACAUAUCUUAUCUAGGCAAGUUAUAAUUCUUUAGUAGAAUCAAUCACGGCUUGAUUUUAUUCCUAUAAUGAAAUAAAUGGAAAUAUAUUAGUUAUAUAAAUAAAUAAAGCAACAAAUAUCUAGGA